AUGAAGCCACAAAAGAAGGCUAUCGUAUCGCAAAAGGCGCCAAAGUCACCAACGGUUGCCAAAAAGCGUAAAGUUCUUGACUCAAAAGCGGAUAAAAAAUCUAAAAAAUUACCACUCUCUACUUCAACAUCGUCUUCUUCCUUAGAGAAAACUAAAAAAAGCGACAGUGACAAAAAAAAAGACAAAGAUAAAGAAAAGAUUGCCGAAAAACGGAAAAAAUCUGAUAUAAAAUUGAUAGAUGAAAAAAAGAAGUCAAAUUUAAAAGAAAUGGAGGCCAAGAAAACUGAAAUUGAGGAUAAAAAAAUGGACAAAGCCGAUGAGUCUUCAUUGGAUUUGAGCUCGACUGGAUCAUCCACUACUGGGAUUGACAAAAAGAAAAGUAAUAAAUCCGAUGAUAAAAUUAAACCGGACAAACUUGUUGAUGCUAAGAAAAAAUCAAGCGAACUUGACAAAAAGAAAAUUUUAAACAAAGAUUCCAUGGAUGGUACCGAUAAUGAUUCGAGUUUGAUUUCAUCCCCAGCUUUAGCUGCUGACGAAACUAAAAAUCUCGAGGGCAAAAGUACUGCGCUAAAUUUAACAAAUAAAAAGACUAACAAAGCGAAAGAUGACAAAAUCAAGAAGGAUUCCAAGGGAAAUAUUAAUAAUAAUAAGGACCCUAAAGAAAAUGGUAAAAAUCAAUUAACCAAAGAUAAGAAAGUUGAUCCGAAAAAAUUGGACAGUGUUAAAAAAUCAAAAGUCGUUCCGGUUAAAAAAGAAUCAAAUUCAAAGUGUGUUAGCGCAAAAAAAUUAGCGGCUAAAAAGAGUCUGCUGGCUAAGAAAUCCGGCGAAAUAGUGGGCAAGAAAUUGACCGAUAAAAAAUUAAAACUAGUCAAUAAGUCUAAAGAUAAAGAGGAUGUUUCGAGUGUUGAUGAGGAUGAGGAGUUAUCAGUAAAUACCAAGGCAAAGAAAAAGUAUUCAACUAAUGCUAAGUCUAAAGCUAGUAGUGGUAAUACUAAUAAUCAAGAUAGUAGUAGUAGCAGUAGUAGUAGCAGUAGCAGUAGCAGUAGUAGUAGUAAUAGUAAUAGUAACAUGAAAAAACCAAAAUUAGCGAAGCAGAUGAAAGCAAAGUUGCCGGUUAAAAACGGUAAAUUGAAUAACGUUGUUCUAAAGAGAGAAAAACUUAAGAAGAUAACUGAUAAAAUAGUUAACAGAAGAAAAAUGGAGUUAAAAGAGAACGCGUAUAAAGUUAGCAUGGUCUGUGACAGUAAAAAAGUAUUGAAAGAAGAGCCUUUUAAUAGCGAUGAGGAUCAAAAGAGCAUCAAAAAGGAAAUUUUAAACGAUAAAGAGGAUGACGAAGAAAGUUUUCCCAGUGGUGGGAACAGCAAUAGUGGAAGUUGCAGUAAUGCUAGUAUUAGUUGUCUUCAAGUGAAAUCUUCUGAGGGAAAAAAGUCCUUGAAAACUCCAUCAAAGUCGAAAACGAGCUGUAAAAAGCCGGUUAACAAAAAAUCUGUUAAAUCAAACAAAUUGCCGGACGAGGAUUGUGAAAAAACAUCGCAGAAGAGUUGUUCCUCAGGUUCCGCUUCUGAAGAUUCUUCAGAACAAACUGCUAAGAGUCAGGAUGUCAAAGCAUCUAAUUCUAAAAAAGGGGAUGACAGUGUGUUGAAAGUUGAUCUUAAGCUCGAAAAAUCUAAUGACAAUGAUAAUAAUAAUGACAGCCAUGACAAUGACUUCAACAGUGACAGCCAGGGGUCGUCUAGUGCAGACUCUGAUGAGGAUUACGAAAACGAGGUGGAAACACGUCGUCGGCAAAAGAAGAAAAAAGAAGAAGACUCUACAGACGAAGACCGGGUGCGUAGAAUGCGAUUAUUUGGGUUCUGGAGUGGCCCGAAACGGCACCGCGUUGCGUCAUUAAACGCAUUAGCCAAAGUCCACUGUCUUUAUGAGAACGAAAACGGUGGCGUUUAUCUGGGUGGUUUCUGUAAACCAAAACCUGAGAAAGAUAAACCAGAAAAAGGAAAAAAAUCGUCAUCUGGAAGUGCAACUGCUACUGCAGCUUCUGCUAAAGAGAAAGACGACAAAGAGGAAUCUGGACGUAAAGAAAAGGACAGUAAUAGCAGUAGCAGCAAUAACAAUAGCAAUAGCAAUACCAGUAAAAAAGGUACGGUGACCAGUAAACCCGAGCCGGAGAAUGUCGCUAAGAGAAAUCUAAGGAAUGUACCGGGUCUUCGCGGGAAACAUUGGGACAUGAUGGAGUGUUCCUCUUCAUCCUCCUCAUCUUCCGAGGACGAGUCAGGCAAUGAACAGUCCUCGCAAUCCCAGUCCCAAUCCCAAUUGCAGUCUCAGGCCCAAUCUCAGCGCAAUCCAGAAGUAAAACAUGCUAAACGUGGCAGAAAGAAAAACUCAACUGUGAGGCGUAAAAAACCUGAGGAAGUUAUGGAUCUCAAGGAUAUGGUGGUUUGCAAACGGAUGGCUAGUUUGAAUGCAUCGGCCAUUCUUGCGGCUUCAUAUAUGGACGAAAAAAAUCUGCAGAGUUCAUCGUCAACUGAGUCUUCCUCCAGUGAGUCUUCAGAAGUUGAGUUUAUAAAGCGUCGCAAGCAACACGGUGACUCAGGAGAAAUUGCUGCUGAAAAACGAAAAGCUAAGCAAGAAGAGGAAGCGUUAAAGGCAUCCAAAAAAGUUGUGAUUGUCAAUCAGGAUACCGAUGUCACAAUCACCGGUGUCUAUGUUAAUCAAACCCGAUCAACCCACCACGAGGGUUUCUGUAGCAUCGCUGGAAUGCAAUAUAGAAUCAGCUCAACCAGCCACACGCAAACUGCGGCAACCGCUGUGGCUGCUGAACUUCACGAGCAGAAGGCGGAACAACCAUGCAAGUCUUAUACACCCCUGGGGGCCUUAUCCUCGAUGCAGCCACCAGGAAGUCAGGCCGCUCAUCCGAACAUGUCACCCCGAAGACACUCAGCAUUCAGCGCGCCUCAUCAGCAC